AAGCAGAGUUCGCGAUCUUCUGAGGCAGCUGAAGAUGAAAAGGACCAGCGCACAGUGACAGUCAACCCCUCUCACAUGAGAAAGGCAUUCAAGGUCAUGAAUGAAUUACGGAGCAAGCGGCUCCUCUGUGAUGUGGUGAUUGUGGCUGAAACUGUGGAGAUGGAAGCCCACCGCGUGGUCCUUGCAGCCUGCAGCCCUUAUUUUUGUGCAAUGUUUACAGGAGACAUGUCUGAAAGUAAAGCCAAGAAGAUUGAGAUAAAAGACGUUGAUGGGCAGACCCUGAGGAAGCUGAUUGAUUACAUCUACACUGCCGAGAUCGAGGUCACGGAAGAGAACGUGCAGGUUUUGCUGCCAGCUGCUAGUUUACUGCAAUUGAUGGAUGUUCGAAAAAACUGCUGUGACUUUCUUCAGUCCCAGCUGCAUCCCACGAACUGCCUUGGAAUCCGAGCUUUUGCCGAUGUGCACGCGUGCACCGAGCUGCUGCAGCAGGCAAAUGCCUACGCAGAGCAGCACUUUCCGGAGGUGAUGCUAGGAGAAGAAUUUCUUAGCCUUAGUCUGGACCAGGUUUGCAGUUUAAUAUCAAGUGACAAGCUCACAGUCUCCUCUGAAGAAAAGGUCUUUGAAGCGGUUAUUUCUUGGAUAAAUUAUGAGAAGGAGUCUCGCUUAGAGCACAUGGCUAAACUGAUGGAGCAUGUUCGCCUACCCCUUUUGCCCAGAGAUUAUCUUGUACAGACAGUUGAAGAAGAAGCUUUAAUCAAGAAUAACAACACCUGUAAAGACUUCCUUAUCGAGGCCAUGAAAUAUCAUUUGCUUCCUCUGGAUCAAAGGCAACUGAUAAAGAAUCCCAGAACAAAGCCGAGGACUCCCGUUAGCCUGCCAAAGGUGAUGAUUGUGGUGGGCGGGCAAGCGCCCAAAGCCAUUCGCAGUGUGGAGUGCUAUGAUUUUGAGGAGGAGCGGUGGGAUCAGGUUGCUGAGCUUCCCUCCAGGAGAUGCAGAGCAGGUGUGGUAUUUAUGGCUGGCAACGUCUAUGCUGUCGGGGGCUUUAACGGAUCUUUAAGGGUACGGACGGUUGAUGUGUAUGAUGGUGUGAAGGACCAGUGGACAUCCAUAGCCAGCAUGCAGGAGAGAAGAAGCACUUUAGGCGCAGCUGUGCUCAAUGAUCUCCUGUACGCAGUGGGUGGCUUCGAUGGCAGCACCGGUCUGGCAUCAGUUGAGGCCUAUAGCUAUAAAACCAAUGAGUGGUUUUUUGUGGCUCCCAUGAACACAAGAAGAAGCAGUGUUGGAGUUGGAGUUGUGGAGGGUAAGCUCUAUGCCGUGGGGGGUUACGACGGAGCGUCCCGUCAGUGCCUUAGUACUGUUGAACAGUAUAACCCAGCCACCAACGAAUGGACCUACGUCGCCGACAUGAGCACUCGACGCAGCGGUGCAGGGGGCGGUGUUCUCAGCGGGCUGCUGUACGCUACUGGAGGGCAUGAUGGUCCCUUAGUAAGGAAAAAUGAUCCAGGAACAAACACCUGGAAGCAAGUAGCAGACAUGAAUAUGUGUAGAAGAAAUGCAGGUGUGUGUGCAGUGAAUGGUCUCCUCUAUGUGGUGGGAGGAGAUGAUGGUUCCUGCAAUUUGGCCUCGGUGGAAUACUACAACCCCAUCACGGACAAGUGGACGUUAUUACCAACCAGCAUGAGCACAGGGAGAAGUUACGCAGGUGUAGCUGUGAUUCAUAAACCGUUGUGACACGCAAUCAAGCCAAUGCAAGGAGCAGAAGUGGAGUGGAUCCAGCUGGGUGGUGUUGAGAAGAUGACUGACCUCUGACUUGACCCAUCUCAUUGCUGUUAACAUCUUAGUAUGACAAGUGAUACGUUACAAACAUGUCUGCUCUGCAGUGGAUUUCGUAGCAGAGUGGAAAUCCCUCUGGGGAUGUGUUCCAUGCUAGACACGAGGUGUUGCUUGUUAUCUGUGGUGCAAUCAGCUGUUCUUCUCAAUGGCUAGUGUCCUGAGAUAAACGCUGUGCUUGAACUGCAGGCACUGAAUUUCUUGUGUGAAACAAAACUGCUACGUUUGGGCAUGUGAGUAAAAACGAACGUUUCUGGAUUUCUUCACUACUGAUGCUUCGUGCACGUUAUCGGUUGAACUACUUACUCACUGUGCCUGGAGGGUGGACUUUACUACUGGCAGUGGAAACUUCUGAGUACCAACUGAGAAAAGCAGUCAGCAGAAAUGGACUGGAACAGGGUGCUCUGGCUUGAGUGUGACGGUGUCUCAGUCAUACAUUUGUAUAUGCCACUGGACUACUGUAUGUAUCCCUGAAAUGCUUGUCAUAUGGUGGAAAUAAAUACCACAUGAUUUUUUU